CGAUAAUAUGUUUGAGCUUAGUCUGUUACCGAAGUCUCAAAAUGCAAGUGGUUCUAUUGUGUUUGUUUGUAAUUGUUUGCGAAAGCUCGAUAAUACGCCAUAUUUCGGCAUCAAUCGCGUACCAAACAAAAGCGAAUUAUCAGAUAAAUGUACCAAUUAUGUUUCACUACGACAUCAAACUGACCAAGAAACUGGCGAAAGAAUACAGCUUCAAGACAAGGAAAAAGAUUCAAAGCAUCAGCAAGAACAUACUGAAAGAAGCGAGCAGUAUUUUCAAUCAUUCUAGUCUAAAUAAAACAAUAAAUUUUACAUUAAUAGGAACUAAAUUCAUAAGAGAUAUACGUGCAGUAAGAUUGGAUGAGAAUGCUUCAAACUAUUUAAGAAGUUACUGUGAUUGGCAGACCAAGAAGAAGAUAAUCAAGAAGAAAAUGUAUUACUCUGUCCUCUUGAGUGGCUUAGAUUUAUUUUAUGUGAACAAUGGAAAACCUGUUCGUGGUUCUGUAGGCCGCAGCUACAGAAACGGUGUUUGCAGCAUUAGCAAGAGCUGUACUCUAAUUGAAUGGGUACCCAGAAACAUGGCCUAUCUCCUAGCCCAUGAAAUAGCACACAGCUUUGGAGUAUACCACGAUGGACCACCGUUCAACAAAUGUAACAGUCAGAAAUACAUAAUGGCGCCACGAUAUGUUCCGACGAAACGUGCUUCAGUUUGGUCACAUUGCAGUAAAAUAUCGAUGGAAAAGUUCUUAAGAAGCAGGAAGGCGUGGUGCGUACAUCCUGGGAGUGACAACUAUUUUGAUUCGAUUGAUUUCAAUCCAAUUUAAAAUCAUAUUUUAUCUACUCUAAGGAGCUACUGUGAUAAAUACAUACAUUAAUAAACAUUAA